CAGAAAAAAAAAAAGUCGAACAGCUUUUAUUUUUUUUUUUUUUUUUUUACAUAUUUUUAAUUUUUGAAAAUAAUUCGAUUUUUGAAUAAUAAUAAAAAAGGUCAUGGUUACAACACUAUGGUUCCUUCUUUUGAUUUUCGUUCAUUGCAAUGAUGGACUUGAUGUACCAACCAUCAAGCUUGAUUCUCUUGGUGGCCAAUUAGGGUUUAUUGGAGACUAUGUUGGAAUCUCGCCAUUUAAACAUUGGACUCAAUUCGAACAAUCAAGUAAUCUUAAUGGCUUGGUCAUUUCACAGUUAGAUGACGAUAUUUUAUUUUUUAACCGAUUCGCCACACUGAACGGAACUAUCUCGACCUCUUGUAAACUAUCGGAUACCAAAUAUAUCCUGGCAGGUGAUUUCACUACGAUCAAUUCAACAAAUUACAACCAUAUUGUCGAAUUUGAUACGCAGGCACGUCAGUUAUCGCCUUUACAACAAGGUUUAGAUGGUGAAGUGAGAUCACUUUACUGUGAUACAAAUCAAGUUUAUGUCGGUGGUGAUUUCAUAGCUCCCAUCGGUGCUAAUAAAACAGACUAUGCUGGUCAUGUUGCCUUAUGGAAGGACAACCAAUGGAGUCCUUUACCUUGGAAGGGCUUCAACGGCCCUGUUUACUCAAUUAUCCGUCACGAUCAACAGCAAUCUAUCGUAUUUGGUGGUAAUUUUGAUUCAACGGGUGAUGGUCAAUUUUUUAACCAGAACACAAGUCAAACAGUCAACUUGAUUUCGUCUGCUACUAUCUCUGCUGGUAACUCAGCCAUGUUUGGUAACAACACAGAUCCCAUGGGCGUUAUAUGUUCUCAGUCUCCAUGGUUAUUACAAGACGGUAUGCCUGGUUAUUGGGAAGCCCUGUUUAAUUCUCCUGCAAAGCCAUCUGUUUUUAGAUUAUCAAAUGUACAUAUCGAUGGAAAGAAUACAAAUGAAUUCAACAUUAUCUCACUUGGAUCAAAUCAAUAUUUCCAAUUAUCAUACAAAGAUCCUGUUACAAACCUGCCCAUCACUUGCUCGGAAAAAUGUAUUUUAUCAAACGAUUCAGCCAUACCUUAUCAGGAUUUUACUGUAGUUCAAGAAGUAGCCACAAGUGGCAUCAGAAUCAACAUUGACUCUUGGUACGGAUCCGGUGGUGGACUCGGAAGUGUUGAUAUAUUUAGAUCAGAUGUAUCUUUACAGCCAGAAAUCAGUAAUAGCCAGUCUCCUGCUGGUGUCUCUGAUUCUUGUUCCACCGCUCCUUCAUCCACAGCCACAACCACAGGAAAUUGGACCGAAGUCUACUCCUAUCAAACCUAUCAAAACUUUUUAAUCGCUAGUUUUCCUGCAUCUGAGUUACAUUCCAGUGAUGUUUCCGUGACUUAUCAACCAUACAUCUCAGGCCAAGGUAUUUACGAUGUAUAUAUUACCACACCAGGAUGUGUCGGUACUAGCACUUGUGAUCAACGUACACAAAUUGUAUUGGACAUCACCUUAAAUCCGGGCAAUACAACAACCUAUGCAUUGGAUCAACAAAAUGCUGCCGAUCAGCGUACCUUGAUUUUCACUGGAUCCAUCUCCGCAUCUUCAGGGUCAUUCCAACCUUCCAUUGUGAUGCAUGUUUCACCCACUGCUACUACACCUUCCUCAAACACCAUAUCUGUAGUAGCGGAUUCCAUUGAAUUCAUUCGAAAUUCCACAGGUCUAUUACUUUCUAGCGUUUUAAAUUAUUAUCCUUCCAACAACACUUGGUUACCUCUUACUCAGCAAUUGCCAGCAGCUUCCACUGUCACUACAUUGCAAUCGGUGGGGAAUCAACUGUACAUUGGUGGUAGUUUCCGAGCCAAUGAUUCCUACACAAAUAUUGUAGCUUAUGACUUUGAAAUGGGUUAUUUACCCUUCAAUAACAUUGGCUUAAAUGGCAUGGUGUCCACUUCUUUGCUUAUAGGCUCUCAACUUGUUUUGGGUGGCCUCUUUAACAAUACUGAAGUUCCUCAACAAACGCUUAAAAACGUGGCAAUCUACGAUACUCAAACCAACACUUGGUCUGGUAUGAAUGAAGGUGUUGACGCCAGAGUAGAAAACCUGUAUACGACAGAUAAUACCAAUGUGCAUUUAUCCGGUCCUUUCACCACAGCAGAUGGUUUACCGACUUUCAAUAACGCCCAAUGGAGCUUAAAGAAUCGUCAAUGGGUCCCUUCCUCUUCAUUAAUUGUAGGCCCUGUGGCAAACCAGCUUCAAGUUGGUUCGGACAGUAUUUUAUACUUGGGAGGCAUCAAAAGCGCACAGACAUACCGUGCUAACGAUAUCGCCUCGCUUGAGACACAACAAUGGAAAGUGACCGAUGUCGAUCCCAACGCUACUGUGACAGCGGGUGUCUUUUGGAAAAACGGCAAAACUGAUACGACUAUCUUGAGUGGUCUAUUCAAUUUCAAUAACACGCAAUAUCAUCUCGCCAUGUACGAUGGUGCAUGGUCUGGUUUAUUGCAAAAUGUUCAAGGUGAGGUAAGCACACUCUACGUGGUUCAAAAUCAACUCUUGGUGGGUGGUCAGUUCAAAGGGACUUUGGACGGCUCUAACUCGCCCGUCACAAGUUUUGCUGUCUAUGAUCUUCAGAAACAGGCUUUUCAAGAUGUUCAAGGUGUUACAAAUUCGGAUGGAAGUCCAGGACAAGUCAAUGUCAUCCGACCUCAGUCCGAUGGAAAAUCAAUCUUUGUGGCUGGAAACUUUUCAUUUGCUGGACUAUUGAAUUGUGACGCCAUUUGUUCUUUAGCUUCUGAUUCCCGUCAGUGGAGUCAAGUGAGCCAAGGGAUAGAAGGAAAUGUGAUGGAUAUGUCAAUCUAUAAGGAUUCUAUUACGGUGGUUGGUGACUUGAAGGUUGGUUCCACCAUGACUGGUCUGGCCGUAUUGGAUAAUGUCAACGCCGCCUCUUGGAGAACUGCUGCCAAUGACUUUACGUCUACUUCUUCUUUAGUCAAUGACGGUACAGGCAAUUUCAUUAUCUCUGGAAGAGAUAAUAAUCAAUUCUAUCUUGGAACCUGGAACGGCAAUGAUUUGAAACCCAUUGAUACGAAACUUGGCUCCGGUACGAACAUUCAGCAGCUGUUAUACAUGCCGGUUUCAUCUUCUCCAUCAGAGGACAGAUUCCCUGCAGAUUCAGAUACAUUAUUAAUGGCGGUUGGUCAUUUGGAGAUACCUGGCUUUGGAAGUAGUAGUGCUGCUUUGUAUGAUGGUUCUACUUGGUAUCCUUAUGCACUAACAUCUUCAGCGAACGGAUCUAGUGGUAUCAUCCAUAGUACAUUUACAAUCACAGAAUGUUGUACACCAAAAUCUGUCCGUCAAUACCUCUCUAUUCCUGCUGUUAUUUUGAUUUCGAUUGCAAUUUCAUUAGCCAUCCUCUUUGUGCUGAUUGCAUGUGUCUUCCUCUUCUUAUUCUUGAAACGUCGUAACAGUGUCAAGUCUCAGACAGAACCUAUGCCGGAAUGGAGACCCAAGCACCGACCUACCAGUUUGUUAGCCAUGUUGGAUGCAGCCAACUUGCACGAUUCUGCUAUUCUUGCCGCCGGACCUUCAUCGAAGCGAGAGGAGACUGCUGUCGGAUACACUACAGCGUUGGACGGAAGAGGACAAAGCAUGGAUAUCUCGGAUAACUCACGACUUCGAAGCUCAAGUGGAUUUUCUGGUGGAAUAGGCGGUAUUUCAUUUGGCGCACUGUUGGCCAACGCGUUAAAGACCAAUGGAAGUUCCGCUGUAGCGAGUGACGAAUCACCCAAGGUUUAUUACGCCAAAUACCCAUUUGAGGCGAAAGAGUUUGGCGAGCUUGCAUUUGAUGCAAAAGUCCCCAUCGUGGUGACAGAUACCAGCGAUAAUGUCUGGUGGAUGGGAUAUAAAGAUGAUGGUUCUGGUAACCCUGUUUCAGGUUUAUUCCCCAGCAAUUAUGUAUCAAGCACAAAACCCUUUUAAUCACUUCAUUAAGCAGCAUAUCCCCCUAAACACACACUACACACACACACACACACACACACCCUUAUUUUGUUUUACCCACACACACCCCUCGCAUAGAACUUUUCUUCAUUUUUUAUAACAAUCCCCCUCCCCCCCCCCUCUUUUUAGUUUCUUAGUAUUAAAAUUAUGUAGCUUAGAAUACCAUAUAUUUCAAUAGUAUCUGUAAAGGAGUUGUGUGAACA